CUGCACUACUUAAAGUGUUUUAAUUGAGAGGAUUUGGCUAAAACUAACAUCUACCAUGUAAACUUUAAUCAUUGCGAUCAUGAGCACUAAUAAUUGCAAAAGUAUUAUUUCAGUUAGUUUCGUACUUGAGAAUAUCUGUCUUGUGAAACAUACAACGGUAGCUUAAUUAUCGAUCCGCCAUUUUAAAACCACUUACAGCAUCGCACAAAACAAAUGCAAUCUGAUUUACACCCUGUCGAAAACGUAGGCGAUCUUGUUGAUUGAAGAAUCCAUAGGAACAACGUUCCGAUUCAAUUGCUUAUUGUUAUUUUUAUUAUAAUAAUUAUUAUAAAUAUUACUAAUAUUACUAUUUAUUAUUAUACCAGUACGGCCAACUCGAUAGUGCACUUUACACGAACACUAUGAUUACAAAGUCUUUAAUACAUACGUGGUAGGAUAGUACAAAUAGACGCAAUACAAAGUGUGACACUAAUGGUUUGUAUAACGUUAUGUAAAAAAAAUACAGUGCCUUUAACAUAACGCAAUUGAAUUAAUCCGUUGUCAAACGAUGGCAAAAAAAUCGCUCUAGUUGUACCUGCUUGUUCAUAGUUUGCAUGCUAAUUUUAUGCAAAAAUAAUCAACAACUUCUGACAAAGGAUCCACACUAUCAUUGUAGGGCAGCACCUGAAGAAUAACUGCCUAGGGAUAUUAAUUUACGAAUAUUGUCACACUACUGCUCCUAAAAAAUAAUUACUACCUGAUAAGGUUCUCCCUGGGUACGCACAAGGAUAUCAUGAAAUGUAAAACGAUAUACUUUCAUUGGAUAUGUUGGUGGCCGGUUCUCCGUCCAGAGGAUAGUCCGUUAGUUCCGAUUCAUCCGUGCGAGUGUGUUCUUCUGUCCGUGUCCAAUGAGAUCCUUCCGCAAACGAUUGCGUCGCUCAGUCAGGGCGGAAGUGUUCCAGGAGUACUGUGCCAACAGUUCCAUCCACGGUGUGCGUUACUUCGACCGAGAUGAGCGAACUUCCUGUGAAAGAUUCUGGUGGCUAGUGGCUUUCCUUCUCUCGAUGGCAGGAUGUGGAGUGAUGAUUUACAAGACGUACGUCAAAUGGAACGAAGUUCCAAUUAUUGUUACCUUUUCGGAGAAAACCACACCUGUCUGGGAUAUGCAAUUUCCCGCCAUUACCAUCUGUCCCGAGACGAAAAUGUCGUCGGAAAAUUUUAACUUCACUGCCGAAAUUAAUAGUCUACGGGAAAUGUACCUUCAUGCCAACACUACACCGAGUGAUGAAUUGUAAGCAUUGA